UUGGAUGAAGAUAAAAUAAACUUACGACAGGUAUAGGGCUAUCUUAGAUUUACGACAAACUUAAGAUAUCUUAGGGCUACGAUAGUUUCGAAAAUAGGCUCCGAUAGCCUACGAUUUCCUUACGAUAACUUUACGAUAAUCUUAGGGCAGCCUAUUCACGAAGCUGUCUUAGCGCUAAGAUUGGCGUAAAUAUGUCGUAGCGAAAAACGUCUUAGUUAAGUCUAUUCUCGAAGCUGUCUUAGCGCUAAGCUAUCUUAAGUUUAAGACAAAAAUUAAGACAGGGUCUGACCUGUCGUAAACCUGUCUUAGGCAUGCAUCAUGGCGUCCUACCUAUUGCUCGGGCUUCUCGAUAGAGAAAAGCAAUCAACCCUAACACCUUCUAGGAAGAAAAUAUUCCGUGACAGGACGAGUCAGCUGGACACGCUAGAUGACGUGCAGCUUAUAUCCAGAUAUAGGCUAAAUCGGCAUGCCAUCAUGCAAAUUAUUGCGAGUGUGGGGUCCUACCUCGAACGACCGACCAAGCGUUCGGUACCUCUAUUACCCGAAAUGCAUGUUUUGGUAACUCUACGAUACUUGGCAAAAGGUGGUUUUCAGUCUGAAAUCGGGGACCUGCACGGUGUCAGUCAACCUAGUGUAUCGAGGGUGAUACACAAAACCAUAAAUCUACUGUGUAAACAUCUGAAUUUGAUACACUUUCCAAACGAUGCCACAACCCGUCAAAACACAAAAGAAAGAUUUUAUGACAUAGCUGGGUUCCCCAAUGUAAUAGGAUGCAUCGAUGGCACGCUGAUCGCCAUUAUUAGACCACCGCAUGACGAGGAGGUCGCUUACGUGUGCCGUAAGGGUUACCAUGCCAUCAAUAUUCAAGCAAUAUGUGAUGCUGAUCUCCGUUUCACCAACAUUGUCUGUAGAUGGCCAGGGGCAACUCAUGAUGCAUUCAUGCUGUCCAACAGUACAAUUGGUACCAAAUUAGAGCAGAAUCCUGUGGAUGGAUGGUUGCUUGGUGACUCUGGGUAUGCCUGUCGACCAUGGCUCCUCACGCCUCUUUCAAACCCACAAACACCACCAGAGGAAAAAUAUAACCGUGCCCACUGUAGAACCAGAAACACCGUUGAGAGGGCUUUCGGGGUGUUGAAGUCUAGAUUCCGUUGUCUGGGGAAAACUACAGGGUGUUUGAUGUUUACCAGCAAGAGAUGCCACCAAGUAGUGUAUGCUGCAGCCCAGCUGCACAAUAUGUGCCUUGACAUGAACAUACCACUGCCACCUUCCCAGGCUGAUGAAGUUGCCAGUGAUGACACAGUAUAUCAUGGACCUAUUUGUGAUGGGUUUCAAACUAGGCGUGGUGUAAUCCGCCAAUUGUUCUCAAGACAGUGAACAAUACUGAACAUGUUAAAAAAAAAUAAUUCUGACAUGAACUGAAAUGUUUCUUCUAGAUAGUGAGUGAGUGUGUGUGUAUUUAUGCCGCUUUUCGCAAUGUUCCAGCAAGAUCACAGCGGGGGACACCAGCAAUGGGCUUCACACUUUGAACCCAUGUGGGGAUUCGAACCCGGGUGUUUGGCGUGAUGAGCAAACUCUUUAACCACAAUGCUACCCCACUGGCCCUCUCCUGAAAUAGACUUAGCAGAGACAAAUAUUACAUAUAUAUUUAAAUAGUACAACAAAGCGGAAAUAUUAAUUAAUGAUGAAAUGAUAUAAGAGGAGACAGGCACUGAACAUUUUUUUCUGCUUGUUUCAGCAACAAUUUUUCUUCAUUUAUUUUUAAAUUUCUUUCAUUUAUAGCAAGAUUUCUUUCCUCAAUAUUGAGACGCUGCAAUUCUACUGUCAGCAACUGCUGCAGGAUCUACACUUUCUUCCAAAGCCAUCAAUUUGUCACCUGUGGUUGGAAUUUGUCCUGAAAAUAUGAGUAGUAUAUUUCAGUACAUCAAAUCAAAUUGAAACAUGAAUAAAGGUAAUGAAUGCUUUUUUCAAUAAUCAAAGUACACAAUAUGUAUAUGUGAAAGAUUUUGGAGAUUAUUUUUUUUUUCUCACCUUAUAACAUUUUUUAUAAUAUUAAGUGAACUGACAAAAGUGACAUUUAUAUGAGAAGUUGUGAGAGGAGUUGAAAAUCUUUUAGACAACAAAUCGACAUUUUUUAUUUACUUAGUAUUUUUUCACUGGUCUUACAUGUUAUAAAUCUUUGUGUGAAUGGUCAGACCUGUGAUAUAGUUGAAUUAUCAUGACAAGUUGUGUCAGAUCAAUCAUAUUUUAAUACCUUCCACAGCUAGUACAGUCUGAACAACUGCUGCUUUCUGUUGUGACUCCAGCUGUGGUGGUGAUGGUUGUAUAACAAACACUGACUGCUCGUCAGGCAGACAGGCAUUUGUCAAGUCUUCAGGAACAACUGAAAGAAAAUUAAUAAUCAGAAUGUAUAAGUUUUCAUGCAACUGACAUAUUUAUGUGUGACAUUGACUACAUGGAGUACAUGUUACAAUUGUUUCAAGACAUAAUGUCGAAUUAUUUGUAAGUGAAAUCUUUAUCACUGGUCAUUUAUAAUUAAAAAAGAAUUAAUGUUGAUAUUUUUUUCUGUGUUAUGAAUUCAAAUAUCUUUAACUUACAUUCAUUGACAUCACUCUCCAAUCCACCCUCACAACCAUCAAUUUGACAGGAGGGAAUCAGUGAUACAAUCUGUAAAUAAAUUUUAAUGAAGAUUGUAAAUUUCAAAGAUUUGUAACACAUAACAAUGAAAGAUUAAAAAUGUUUUAUGUAGUAACCCUGUUCAUGAUAGAUGCGAAUAAAUGUAUCAAAUGUGAAAACAAUUCAUACAAGUGAUUACAAUAUAUGCUGUGAAUGUGUCAUUUAGCAUGGCUUAUUACAUAGAAGUUAUAGUAAUCUUUGAUAUGCCAAUGUAAUCAUAUUUACCCGCUCUUCAACUUCAUUAAGUGGUUGAGGUGGUGGUCCUCCUCCUGUUGCACAAAUCUCUCUUUUUAGUGAGGCAGCCUUCCUUCUUGCUUGGCUUCUGAAUACCAGAUUAUAUCACAGUUUGAAUUUGCAAGAAAGGAAAUUGGAUUAGUCUCAAUGUUUAAUAAAAGUUUUUCAUCAUCUCUUGAUACUCUUAGUAUUUUAUAUGUUUUCAUAUAGUAAGCAAAUUUGUCUAAACAUAGGCAAUUCAAAAUUAGUUAUUGACAGGUUCAUAACAGCCAGAAAUAUGUCAGGUUUUUUUUUUACAUUAAUUGAUGGUGCUAAAAAAAAUCUUGAAUAUUUAUAUAUAUUAUGUUAACAGUACUGGGUUCAUUUUGUUUUAUCAGAUAUGGCUAAUGCAUUUACUUAAUGUCAGUCCAUUUCUUCUUGAUCUCCUUCUCAUCGCGUUUGACCAAGCUGUUGGCACAGAUUCUAUUAAAAAAAUCACAUAAUGUCACCAAAUAAGAUCAAAACUUUGUUUCAAUACUUAAUUACUACACAUUGUACAAAUUGAAUCCUAUGUACUAUAUAUACAUAAUGUAUGACGUUAUAUAUUGGAUAAUUAUUACUUGCAUAAAAAAAAUAUUUACACAAUUUUUAUCAUAAGGCAGAGAGAGAUGAAUUACUUGACAAAAUGUUUGUACAUUUCUUUUCUAUUUCUCAGCUCAUGUUAGCAUGGCUUAUGUAAAUCCUAAACAAAUUAUUACAAAAAAUACGAUAAGGCAUAAUGUUUGGCUCGAUAAUGAUACGUGUCCCCGAAAUGCAUCUAGAUGUAACAAUGUAAACACCCGACUCAUGGGAGGAAUCAGGUUUUCCCCCGACUAUAAAUAGUCACUGUAGUCUGACAAAUAACAAGGAAAAAAGAUCGUGCAUGGACCUAUACUGAGUUUGAGAUUUACUCUACAUGCGAUCACAUAUAUAUGACACACUAAACAGUGGUAGCUUAAGUAUUCUUGGUUUAACGCACAGUGAGUUAGGGUUGCUAAGUAGUUACUUACUUCUGAGCGAUGUCGGUCCAUAUCUUCUUCUUUUGCACAUUUGUCACGGUGUUGCAAAACGCCGAAAAUAAAAUGUGAUGAUUUUUCUCCACUUCUUGAAUUAAUAUGUCCACUUCAAUAGGCAUCCAGUUUACUUUCCUGAUGCGUUUAUUUUUCGGAGAUGAGUCCAUGGCGCACAGAUGACAGGUAUCGUCUGCCCGUCAAUGUAGGUCAAGGGAAUUCCCUAAUGACGUCACGGGAAAACACCCGACUCUUUCUCCGACAGAAAAGAGCUCCCUGUCUUAGCCGCGACAGCUGUCGUAGCUGGGACACGGCUACGAUAGGUUUAAGACAGCUUCAAGAAUAGCUCUUAUGGCAGUCGUAAUUUUUAUCGUAAGUAGCUAAGAUUUGUCUUAGCUAAGACAGCUUCGUGAAUAGGCCGCCAGGGAUUUUACAGAAGUUUUUUACUUGGACAGUCUUUUCCUUGCCACUGUAAAGCUACUUGAACUUCACUUUGUACAAAGGUUUGGUGAAAUAGACACAUUGAUUCCUGAGUGUUUGAUUUCUAUGACCCAUUGCUCGAUCCAUUUGAGUAAAUAAGUCAGAUUUUUAGAGUUGUGACAUUUCAAUUUACAUAGCUUGUUUUCAGAGAUGAAAAUCAAAAAUUGAAAAUCUUCUGUACAACUAAAAUUGGAAGAGACAUGUGCCUUGAUAAGAACUUUGCCGCAUUGGCAUGUUGUAGGAAAGGUGAGCAUCAAGAGGUUUUGCUGUUUUUAACUGAAGCAAAGGUUCAAGUGAGCUUAUGUCAUGUGACUUUUCCCUGAAUUCAAUUUUGAACAUGGCUGCCAAGGCAGCUAUUUGGAAAAUGUUAUCAUUUGUGUGUCCAUCCAUUCACCCUUCACCGUUUUCAUUUUCACAUCUCUAAACAAAUCAGUCAUGAUCUCUGCUACGGUGUCUUUUGACGUGCUCCUAACAUAGGGUUCCAUUUUAGACAUAGCCACCACGGCAGCUGUUUUGAAAAUGUCAAUUCUUGCACAUGAUACAGCCAUGUUUCGUUAUGAAAUAUGAUGUACAACAAGAAUGUGUUUUUUUAAAUAACAUAUUAUUUGUUUUAUUUUUAUAUUUGGCAUAUUUUGAUUAUUUACAACCUAUAAACCUUUACAUGUUGCUUAAUUUGUUACACCUUCUUUGUGAUCAUGAUGAUCUUAUUGUUAAAAAUAUUUCAAAAUUCAAAUUCCACAAAAAGUUCAAAUAUUUUAUCCCCAAGAACAAGACAUGUGUACAUUACUCUAUGUGUAAUGGCUUCAGAAGAUCCACAGCAACAUGGAAAGCAUAACUUUGAUGGAAGCAGACUUUCUUGCAGGAUCCAUUUUUCUUUUGCUCUCAUAAUUUGUUGAACCAGUGUUUCUAUAACUCAGCAGUAAUGCUCCAUAAUAAGGUGGAAGUGUUAUGAAGCCCAGAAAACAAAUAAUAUUGAUUUUAUCAAAUAUUUCUUGUUGCUGAUUAAGAAAUAUUGUUGAAAUGUAUUUAGCUUUUUCAUAUUUAUUAAUUAUUCCUCAGUAUUUUAGCAGAAUACAUAACAUUUAUUGUGUAUUGUUAUUAGAAAAACACAAGUAGACUUGUUCAAGUAUCUCAUAAUUUGAAUCUUGUCCAAUGAGGAGUUGCUAUCUCACUACUAUCCCAUGUUAUUAUCUUCUCCCUGACUCUUCAACAAUACUGUAGAACUUGAGUGAGACUGAAUAUAAGGCUACAUGAGCUAGAUAUGAUUUGUAUUUUGGGAUGAACAAUUCUGCAGAUUGAAAUCCUAUCAUGUGAAAUGCCCUUUGUUAAAGGUAGUGUUUGAGAAUACCUCCAGAGUACUGUCCCAUUCAGAGCCAGAAGUACCACACGGUGUGGAUGAGACACACAUGUGUGUUGUACAACCUACUUCAAAUUAUGAUGUCAAUGACAAUAAUCAAUUCUCUUCAGUUUCCAACCCAAAAUCAAUAAACAAAAUUUUGAUCAAUUUUUUUCCAA